AUGGGUUAUGACAGUCUAGGACACCAACUCACUGGGCCACAAACCCCCAAAGACACCAAGCCACCUGCCAUGGAGCAAAUGCCAUGCCCCCUACCCAAGGCCAACCCUUCUGGAUUGGCUAGUCAGUCCAUUGCCACCUGGGGUCAGCCCACCAGGCCCCAGCCUGUCUUUGCCCAACCUACUCCAGUCCAGGUUCCCCCCCAAGUCCCUACUCCCCCUUCACCUGCAGCUUUCAGACUCUGCUCCCCUGCACCCACUCCUCUCCCGGCUCCAACAGCCACCUAUGCCGCCCCAGUGAAGGUGGACCACCCCAAUGCAUAUACCAGGAAAGUAGGCAGCAAAGCCAAGCAAUGGCUCAUGCAGAUGUUGGCCUGGACAUGGCUAAACUCCUGCAUGUUCCCCAUGGAUCAGGAGGUUCUAUCCUUCCUCCUAAUGAACAUGAAGGACACUGCAGGGGCCUGGGCCCAUCCUCACCUUGACCAACUUGGGUCACAUUGA